GAUAACCUUUCACCCAGGCGAAUUUCACCUUUCACCCUUUGGUUCGCUUAGAAGACGUUCGCGGGAUUGUGUAAAGGUAAAUAUCAGCACUGGAAGCAGGUUAGACAUGGCAGAGACAGAUAAUGGGUCUCCCACUGCUGUUCCCCAGAACUUCUGUGAUGGGUCUCCUAAUGGAGUUUUAUGGGAAAGAGACGCAAGGUUGUUAGAAGACAAGCAGAUUGCAACAGCAAGCAGUUUGGACAAUCAUCCAGAAACACAAACGGGAGAGAAGCCCUACAUGUGUGGCGAGUAUGGGUAUGUAGCUUGGAAGUCUACCUUAUCUGAACAAAUGAGAAUGCAUACAGGAGAAAGACCCUACAAGUGUGACCAGUGUGACUAUUCUGCAGCAAAGAAAUCUACUUUGGACCAACAUAUAGCCACACACACCGGAGAUAAACCCUACAUGUGUGGGGAGUGCGGGUACAGGACCGCUGUAAGGUCUAACUUAUCCCGACAUAUGAGAACUCAUACAGGCGACAAGCCCUACAAGUGUGACCAGUGUGACUAUUCUGCAGCAGAUAAAUCUGCGUUGGGCUAUCAUCUAGCAAAGCACACUGGUACCAAACCCUACAUGUGUGGGGAGUGCGGGUACAGGGCAGUUUUGAAAUCUCACUUAUCCCAACAUAUGAGAACACAUACAGGUGAAAACCCCUACAUGUGUGGGGAGUGUGGAUACAGGACAGCUAUAAGGUCUAACUUAUUCCGGCAUAUGAGAAGUCAUACCGGUGAAAAACCCUACAAGUGUGACCAGCAGUGUGACUAUUCUGCAGAAAAGAAAUCCACCUUGAACGAACACCUAGCCAAACACACCGGUGAGAAAACCUACAUGUGUGUUGAGUGUGGUCACAGGACAACUAACAAGUCUACCUUAUUCCAACAUAUGAGAACCCAUACAGGUGAAAAACCUUACAAGUGUGAUCAGUGUGACUAUUCUGCUGCAAAGAAAUCUACUUUGGACCAACAUCUAUCCAUACACACUGGUGAUAAGCCCUACAUGUGUGGGGAGUGUGGGUACAAGACAGCUCAAAAGUCUAACUUAUCUCUGCAUAUUAGAACCGAUACUGGUGAAAAGCCCUACAAGUGUGACCAGUGUGACUAUUCUGCAGCAGAUAAAUCUGCGUUGGGCUAUCAUCUAGCAAAGCACACUGGUAACAAGCCCUACAUGUGUGGCGAGUGCGGGUACAGGGCAGUUUUGAAAUCUCACUUAUCCCAACAUAUGAGAACUCAUGCAGUUGAAAAACCCUACAAGUGUGACCUGUGUGACUAUUCUGCAGCAAGGAAAUCCACCUUGAACGAUCACCUUGCCAAACACACCAGUGACAAAUCCUACAUGUGUGCUGCGUGUGGGUACAGGACAGCUCAAAAGUGUAACUUAGCCCAGCAUAUGAGAAUCCACAAUGGUGAAAAACCCUACAAGUGUGACCAGUGUGACUAUUCUGCUGCAGAUAAAUCUGCGUUGAACUAUCAUCUAGCAAAGCACACUGGUAACAAACCCUACAUGUGUGGGGAGUGCGGGUACAGGGCAGUUUUAAAGUCUCACUUAUCCCAACAUAUGAGGACCCACACAGGUGAAAAACCCUACAAAUGUGACCAGUGUGACUACUCUGCUGCUACAAAAAACACUUUGGACACCCAUCUAGCAGCCAAACACACUGGAGAGAAACCCCACUUGUGUUGGGAGUGUGGGUAUAGGACAGCUCAAAAGUGUAACUUAUCCCGGCAUAUUAGAACCCAUACUGGUGAAAAGCCCUACAAGUGUGACCAGUGUGACUAUUCUGCAGCAGAUAAAUCUGCAUUGGGCUAUCAUCUAGCAAAGCACACUGGAGAGAAACCCCACAUGUGUGGGGAGUGUGGGUACAGGACAAAUCAAAAGUCUAACUUAUCUCGACAUAUGAAAACUCAUACAGGAGAAAAGCCAUACAAGUGUGACUAGUGUGACUAUAUUCUGCUACAUGCAUAAGUCCACCUUGAACAAACAUUUGGCCAAACACACUGGAGACAAUCUCUAUUCGCUUUCAGAACGUCUUACAAGUCUAAUAUCUACAAACAUAUGAGAACCCAUACGGGUGAACAAAAACUACAGGUGUUAGUGUUCAGCAACUAGGAAAUCAGAUGUUGUCCAGCAUCUACCUAUGCACGCUGAUGAGAACUUUGCUGUGUCCAGGUUGGACACAGCAAAGAAUGACAAAAUAGAAAGCCCGAUAAAAACGUACUAAAAAAACGUUGAAAAAAACGGAGUCUAACCUCUGCUUGGAGAGUAGGUAAACAGAACUUAUCCAGCUAUACAUACAAGCACAUGGAACAGAGAAAACGGAUGUACAAAGAACACAGUACUUUCAAUGACG